AUUCGAUCUGCGAUUGUCUUGGUUGGUACUUCUUAUCGUAGACUUUCAAGAUGACUGGUCGAGGUAAGGGAGGAAAGGGAUUGGGAAAAGGAGGAGCAAAGCGUCACAGGAAAGUUCUUCGCGAUAACAUCCAGGGCAUUACCAAGCCAGCUAUCCGUCGUUUGGCACGACGUGGUGGUGUCAAACGUAUCUCCGGCUUGAUCUACGAGGAAACCCGUGGCGUAUUGAAAGUCUUCCUUGAGAACGUUAUUCGCGAUGCUGUCACCUACACCGAGCACGCAAAAAGGAAGACCGUGACUGCCAUGGACGUCGUAUACGCCCUGAAGCGCCAAGGCAGAACUCUAUACGGCUUUGGUGGUUAAGCGAAGAACAGUGAACUCUUCGAUCAAAUCGGCCCUUUUCAGGGCCACAAAUUUUUCAAACGUUUGGACAAUUUCUAUUCGUAUGUAAUCUAUAUAAGGUAAUUCAAAAUAAGUUCUAAUAUUAACAAUUGUAAAACAUUUGUAAACAAUUACUAAAAACAAAUACAUAACUUUUAAUAUAAUUAUAAAGUAUAAAAACAUUGGUUUUGUAAUGGGUAUCUAAUUAAACUAUAACUAAUGGUAUACUUGUAUUAAUGAUUAUAUUUACUAAUGAUAAUAGUUUUGCACUUCUUAAUGAAUCAUUUAUUGUAUACAUACGCGAAUAUUUCGUAAUUAAAAAAUUCUUCAAAUUGA